AUGUACUUGUGUGGUCUAUUUCAGGUAGCUGCAACCCUUCCCUCGACCGCGAGGAGUGAUGAUGCGCAUGCUGAACCAUCCGUCCUCCUGAAUUGGGCUCACCCGGAAGCCACACGCUGCCUGCUCGGGUUUCGCGCAGCAGCUGCUCUGUAACCCCUUCAUUUGAGGGAUCCCUGGUGUUGACCUCAGUUUUUCUCACUCCCCGCCUUGUGCAGUGAGUUAUCACUCGAGGUGGUCCAGCAGCCUGUGCGCGCUCGGAUGUGUGGCUUGGGCGAUCGGGUACGUCGACUAUUUCUGUGUUCUCCCACGGCCCUCGAUCGCACAGCGAGGUAGACAUGGUGAAUUUCGAGGUGAAUUUCGAGCAUACAAACUGACUGUUUUCAAUUGGCAACAGGACCGGAGACCCAUCACACCUCCGCUGAUAGCCAAGCUCGUCUGCAAAAGUCGAGCAACCGGACGUCCCGUGCCACUGUCGUGAGUACCAGCUUAUGGUGACCUAACUGCGGGCGAUCUCAAAGGCGGAUCGCCCGCAGUGUUGUGGCUCGGACAUCUGACAACUGAAACACUCGCUAUAUGAAUGGUACAGUCAGAUCGACACCUCCUUCCUCAUCUGUGCCGUCGAUCUGUGGACUUCCGAUUUUGCCGACACCAACCUCACCCGCAACGUCUCACCCGCCCUCUCAUGCGGGAUCACUCCCUCAAUGCUCCUCCAAUCGUACGGGUCCCGGAAUCCAACACAAACUUCACCAAUGCCUGUCCACACACAGAAUUCGAGAUCGACGCCCACGGAACCAGAGCGAAGCGUCUUCUCACUGCGUACGCCACCACCCAGUGCGGAUGGUGAACACCCCGUUAGGGAGGAUUUGAAGGGAGGGAUACGACGCCGAUCAUCUUCCGACGAACAUAACGAGGUCGGCCGUAGCUCGACUCCUCCGGGAGGUUCGAGUCUCCGUUGGGCACCUCCGAAAGUACCUUCGCCGAGGGCACCACCGUCCCCGACUCUGUCCCCACGAGUCGGACACGCCCGCCUGCAGCCGGUGGAUCAGUCGAGGGGCACGUCAAUUACCACUUCGAACACGUCACUGUCCAGUAACUUCGCCCACACGAAUUCAUCCGAGACUCCAACCGAUGGUCAGGAACGAGCGAAUCGGCAGGGAGCCCCGCUUGCACCACUUUCCUCUUUGCAAUCUGGGUUCAUGCCAUCUCAUCAAGGGCUUCGACUACCACUACCGCUUCCGAUGCCCAUCUUCUCCAAGCAAGCUGCUCCCCUUGUACCGAACCUGAUUGGCUCCUUGCACGCCAAUGCGUUCAAAUUGACCGAUGAUCGAGGCGAGCUGGGGAUCUUUUUUGUCUUGCCCGACUUGUCGGUGCGGACCGAGGGCAGUUUUCGGCUGCGGUUGAGGCUCAUGUCGAUCGGGUUGUGAGUGACUCCUCCCUCUUCGUCACGUGGCGCCUAUCUUCUACCCGACACAGCCUGCAUCAUUUUGGCUCAUGGAAAUCUUGGAUGAUGUUCUAUAUUUAGUGACACUCUGGACACCAGCGGGCAAAAGCUGCCCCUGCAAGCGACGACGUAUACCCAAGUCUUCAAUGUUGUGAGCGCCAAGAAGUUUGACGGGAUGCUAGGUAAGCCCUCAAUUCAAGUAUUUGGACUCUUAUGCACUAGUGAGCUCAAUGUCGGCUGGUUCGAUGCAGACCCGACGCCGCUGUCAAAGUGUUUCGCCAAGCAAGGGACGCGCAUCCCGACGCGCAAGGUUGCUCGGACUCGCAAGCACGCCAAAAGACCCGCGGCCGAACUGGAGGAAGAAGACGAGCUAGCAGGAGACGACUAG